AUGCCCUUCUCACACGCCAUACACGCACGCCCUUCUCUCACAAGCGACCUUUUGAAUACGUCGGCGCACCAUCUCUGGACCACCCCGUUUUCCACGUCCACAUUUCCCCUUAUCGCCUCCCCCUCGUCCUCUCCCAUCGCCCACCGCUCCACCCUCGCUUCCAUUCCGCAUCGUCAACUCAGCCCCACCUUUCGCGCUUCGCCUGAACCCCGCAUCCUUUCCUACCGCACUUCCCGCCCUCACAUCCCCUCCCUCCGCCCUCCCUUCCCAUCCCUCCGCCCUCAUUUGAUUCCUCCUCCCUCCCUUCCCAUCAAUCCGCCCUCACAUCCCAUCCCUCCGCCCUCACCUCCAAUCCCGUCGCCUUCAUGGCUCAUCGCCCUCGCUGCCCUUCCCGUCGCCCUUGCAUCCACCCUGGCUUGUGUCCCUUCCCAGAGCAAACAUUUCCCUUACUUCCUUUGCUCCCAUUCCACAUCCAUCCUCCCUCCCUUCCUAUCCCUCCGCCCUCCCUAUUCAUCCCUCCAGGCUGAUUUGAUCCCUUCGACCUCCCUUCCCAUCCCUCCGCCCUCCCUAUACAUCCCUCCACCCUCAUUUGAUCCCUCCGCCCUUCCUUCCCAUCCCUCCGCCCUCCCUAUACAUCCCUCCACCCUCAUUUGA